UUAGUUGCGAGUCAGGUUCCACGGCGACGGGUAUGGUACCACGAAUUCAACGUGUUUAAAUAAAGUUAUCACGAAAUACAAUACGAUAUAUCCGGUAAAUGUUUUACUAAACAGUGUUUCAAGUUUUAAAACAGUGUUCAGUGUUAUUUUAAGCUGAUUUGUGUGUGUUUUUAAGUGAUGCAGCCGAGUUUUUGUAAUACUAACGGUAAUAGUGCCUCGUGAACUUUGUCUGAAUUUUAAGACACACCUAGUGGCUUUUGAUGUCUGGUUUUUGUUGAAACACAAAAGAAACAGGAUGUAACAGAGCACGUGUUAUUUUUACUCACAACUAGAUUUAACGACCACGCAAGAUGGAGAUACGGUGGUCCUUGCUAGUCCUAUGGGCGGCUAUUUCGUGGAUUUCAGAUGCGGAAUCCGCAGAUGUCCUCCCAGCCUUCACACAGGACAUGAACAACUUACCGUUAUCAGAAAGCACUUUGGUCGGCUCAGUUGUCUACACGUUGCAAGGGACCAAUCCCAGUGGCGGACCAGUAAAAUAUAGUCUGGUGGGGACUGAUAAGUUUUCAGUGGAUUCUGUGUCAGGAGAAGUUACUCUAGUCCAACCCUUAGAUAGAGAGAAAAAUGAUACACUGAAGUUCCUCGUGUCGAUAAAGAACGAACACAACGAAGGUCAGACUGAAUCCGUAACUGUGAUAGUAUGGGACGAAAAUGACAAUCCACCGGAGUUCAAAAAUAGUCCAUAUGAAGUAUACGUACCUGAAGAUGAAGUGGUUGGGAAAACAGUUCUACAGAAUAUCUUAGUGGAAGACAGGGACACGGUUGGUGACAAUCUGGAAGUCGGCUGCUUGCCCAAUGAACAGUGGCCCGAAGCUUGUGAUAUCUUCGAAGUGGUAGCCCUUCAGUCCUCGGCCAACUCCUACUCGGGUGUUCUGGUGCUGAAGAAACCUCUGGACUACAAUGAGAAGCAGUUCUACCAGUUCCAGCUGUACGCUUCCGAUGGAGCCCUCAACUCCACAGCCCCAGUAGAAGUCAAGGUUGAAGACGUGCAAAACUCCCCACCCGUCUUCAGCGGCGCCCUCAGCGGGUCUUUAGCGGAGGAUGCUCCGGUGGGAACCUUGGCUUUGGUGGUGCGAGCCAGGGAUGCUGAUCGGGUUCAGCCGCGACAAGUGUUCUUGGAGUUGUUGACCAAUCCGUUGGACUACUUUUUACUAGACAGUGCCUCAGGCAACCUGGUGACAGCUAAACCAUUAGACAGAGAAGCCCUAGCCGAUCCGUCGUCGCCUCUAAAUCUUACAAUUAGAGCCUCGGAAAUAGUAAACGGCUCCCCCCUAGUCUCUCCUCUAACAUCGUCCAUCGCCACCGCAACCAUCACGAUACGAGACGUCAACGACGAGCCACCGCGUUUCUCGAAGCCUGAAUACCGCGUAGAAGUUCCAGAAAGCUUGCCUGUGGGCACUCCGCUGCCGAAUCUGGACAUGGUUGUUACUGAUAGAGACGUGGGCUUAAAUUCCGUUUUCACCCUUCGUCUCUCCGAAGAGAUAGGAGCCUAUAUCGUGGAACCAGCCAACGCCACAGGCAGCGCUUCAGUCACUCUUCGUCUGAACAAAAGCUUAGAUUAUGAGGACCCUAACCAGAGGAAGUUUAUUUUGGAGGUGAUCGCCGAAGAGUCACACACUUCCCCUCACCUAUCUUCCAAAGCCAGUGUCAUAGUAACAGUCACGGAUGUAAACGACAACGCACCUACUUUUGCUGAUGAGGCGUACUCUGCUUCUGUGCUUGAAAACGCACCAGGGGGCGCCUUGGUUGCUAUUGUGAAGGCUACAGAUAGAGAUACUGGCAGAUUCGGAACCGACGGAAUUAUCUACCAGCUGUCAGGUAAUGGUGCUGAACUCUUCGAGGUCAACAACCGCAGCGGCGCCAUCACCGUGGCACCUUGCAUUAACCCUGGCACUUCGCCCUGCUUGGAUUAUGAAACCAGGAGGGAUUACUUCUUGCAAUAUAAGGCUAUAGACGACGACGGCGCCGGGCAGACGACCGUGGUGCCACUGCAGUUAUCCUUGCUGGAUGCCAACGACAAUCCUCCAGUGUUCACCACGAGCGUCUAUAAGGCAUCUAUAGAUGAAGACGCGAUCAAAUUCGAGCCAGAAUUACAGGUACAAGCUCGAGACGUGGAUACUUCCUCUGAAAUCCGGUACUACAUCAUAGAGCCAUCACAGCAUCCGUUCUCGAUCGAUGACGUCAGUGGAAAGAUCUCGCCAAAAGCCAGUGGGGUGGCUACGAAUGACAGCAAGAUCGUGCUCACUGUUCUGGCCACAGAUGGCGUGCACAACGCAACGUGUAAAGUGGAGAUAAACAUUCGCGAUGUCAACAACCAUGCGCCAGAGUUCGACCAAGACAAGUACGAAGCUGACAUUUCGGAGGACGCCCCGCCUGGUACGGAAGUGGCAGCGGUCCGCGCCACUGAUCUCGACAGUGGCGUCAACGCCGAGCUAAAGUACGCCAUCCAGCAGGGCGCGUUGGACGCCUUCGCCAUUGACAACGUAACUGGCGUCGUCACUGUGUCGUCUAAACUGGACUAUGACAAGCGGAAUACUUAUCGGAUAACUAUUGUUGCUGCUGACCUUGGGAUGCCAAGCCACACCGGCACCACCGAACUCACUGUUCACGUCAGCAACGUCAACGACAAGAAACCCUACUUCACACCCACCAUACAACGGGCUGAAGUGUCAGCUGAUGCGGAACUAGGAACAGUAGUCCAUAACCUCGUGGCUAUGGAUCCUGAUAUAACCGAUAGUGAGCAGUUGGUGUACGAGCUACCGAGGAAUAAAAUGAUUAAAGCUGUGGAUAAAAACGGACAAGAGGUAUCAGACGAAGGCAUUUUCGACUCAUGGUUCUCUAUCCUGUCAAACGGCAGUGUGGUAGUAUCACAGCGGCUUGACAGAAGCCGGGCGGCAGUUCUGUCGCUCCCUGUCACAGUUAUUGAUGCUUCGGCCAACCCGCUGCAGGAGGCUGAUGGUGAACUCAUCAUUACCAUAGUGGACGUCAACCGCCACGCCCCUAUAUUCUCCCAACCCGCCUACGAAGAAUAUUUAGAAGAAGAGCAGCCAAUCGGGACGGUACUUAACACAUACACCGCUACGGAUAAGGAGACGCCCAUUUCUGCGCUGGUUAUAUAUCCACCGAGCCCGUACUUCACGAUUGAUAAUGUCACAGGCGUUGUGAAGUCUACACAGCGUAUAGACUACGAGACAGUGCGAACCAUCAACUUCACGCUGGUAGCAUACGACUCUGGCGUCCCACAGCGAUCAAGCACCGCACAAGUCAUAGUCCACGUUGUAAACGCCAACGACGAAGAGCCAGUAUUCGCUGCGUCGCAAUACGACGCUAGCUUACUGGAGCAUUCACCAGCGCACACGAGCGUUGUCACCGUCAGUGCAGUUGAUAAGGAUGAAGGUGAAUUCGGCCAAGUACGCUACAGCCUUACCGGCGAACUGUCCAACUUGUUUACCAUCGAUGAAUUAUCUGGAGUGGUCACCGUGGCCGAAGGAGCUGACAUUGACAGAGAAGUUACUAGUGACAUCUGGCUUCGAGCCGUGGCGAGCGACGGAGCGCCACCAGCCAAGCAGAAGACUAGCAGCGUACCUCUUCACAUAAAAGUGCUAGACAUCAACGACCACUCACCCGUCUUCGCCCAAAGCGUGUACAAGAGCACCAUAUCGGAGAAUCUGCAGUUGAACCCACCGGCUGCUAUUCUACAAGUCUCCGCUGAGGACAAGGAUGAGGGACUCAAUGGGAAAGUGGAGUAUUCGAUCACGGAGCAAAGCGUGCCUGGAACGUUCUCCGUGGACCCGGUGACCGGCAUCAUCUCCCCGGCCCGGCCCGUAGUGGGCAACACGACGCACCGCCUCACCGUGUCGGGCGCGGACCGCGGCGGCGCCGGGCGAGCUGCCACCGCGCGCGUGGACAUCACCGUGCUCAGCGUCAACAAGCACAGUCCGGAGUUCGUGCUGCCGCCGCCUGACCAGAGGCAGUUGGAGAUACCAGAGAACGCAGCUCAAGCGGACUACCUCAUAACCACCAUCAAAGCAACUGAUGAAGACAUCGGGGAAAAUGGUCGCGUGUCGUACUAUCUCAAAGUGGAUAAUGAGAGAGUUAGCGAGACCCCGGAAUUCAGUCUGGACAGAGAUAAUGGGGAGCUAAGGACAAAGACUUUCUUGGAUAGGGAACAUCAGUCUGAGUAUAUGUUGGCGAUAGCAGCCGUGGACAACGGAACACCCGCUCAGUUCGAGAGCCUGAUGAUCCUGACGGUGGUAUUAGCUGACGAUGACGAUAACACACCGCGGUUUUCUGCUCCCAUCUAUCAGUUUAGCGUUAAAGAGAACUUGCCUGCUGGCGUUAUUGUGGGCACUGUCAAAGCAGUAGACAACGACUCCGGUGAAAAUGGGAAAGUGUACUACCACAUCUUAGAGGGAAACGAGGACGGAGUCUUCACACUGGACAGGACGAAGGGCGUCAUCCGAGCUAACGUCAGCUUUGACAGAGAAAUGCAGCCCGAAUACUCCCUAACAAUAUACGCAAGCAACAACCCAAUUUUGGAACGAGCGGCCGCUGACUUUAACUCAGUGGACAACACUACAGACGGUCAGGAGAGCAGCGUCGCGUCCGUCAAGAUCAAGGUCUUGGAUGAGAAUGACAACGAGCCAAAAUUCCCAGAGAAGACAUAUUAUGCGGCAAUAAAACACACGGCGCGCAUCAACGAGGCCAUCCUCUCAGUAGCCGCUGAAGACCCGGAUCUAGAAGAGAACGGAACUUUGGUGUACAUGGUAGCCGCUUCCAAUCUGUACAAGUUUGGGGCUUCAAAGUCCAGUGGGAGCGUCGUGCCAUCUCCCUUUAACAUUACGCAAGAAGGCGUUCUAAUGACAGCGGGCUACAUGGCGGAAUAUAACCAGGACCGUUUCGUGCUGGAUAUCAUCGCGCGGGAGCUCGCCCCGCCUCAUAGAGAAGCCAAAGCGCAAGUCUACAUCUGGAUAACGGACCGGUCGUCUCUCAUCCGCAUGGUGGUGUCGCGCGGGUGCGCUCGGGCGGGCUCGGGCUCGGGCUCGGGCUCGGGUGCGGGCUCGGGCGCGGGCUCGGGCUCGGACUCGGGCUCGGGAUCGGGCUCGGGCGCGCGGGGCCGCCUCGCCGCCGCCAGCGGAGCCCUACUAGUGCCCGCGCGCAGGCUGCACCUGGUACACGCUGAUAGACUCUACGAUGAUUGGUGUGAAAUCCACCUCCUACCUGUAGACCCAGCCUCUUACCAGAUUCUGCCCGUGGAGAGAGUCCUGGAAACUGUGGACUCCAAAUACGAUGAGCUCAAAGACGUAUACCAGGAGUAUGGUGUUGAAACGCUCACGGCAGCCAGCGCUACUUCCAAAGCGCCUGAUAGUUUCGAUCCAGCAUUAGCUGCGUUGAUAGCUCUGCUGAUAGUGCUUUUUACCGGCAUCGUCACUUUCAUCGUUGUCUGCGCCUGCUUAAAACAUUGGGUAAUUCCCCCGCCAUCCCUCCAAUCCAGCAAGGGGGACAGCCUCGCCCGACGGCGGAUAUUAGAAGAGCUCAGCACCACAGAGAACCCUCUAUGGCUAGAGACUAAGCUACGGCCAUAUGAGGAGCAGGAGUUAACUAUGAACGUGUUUGGAGACCAGGCGGAGCAGGGCAAUGUGGAGCCCCCACAGACGGACAACACAUACGCGACGAUACAAGGUAGUCGCGCCACAGAGCGGUUUGGAGACUACGCGACCCUCGGCGGAGACUCGCCCACGCCUCUGGAAGCUGCCUUAGGAUUCCAGGGUAGCACAUUCAAGCCGCCCACACCGGACACGCCGGAGCCCCCGCCGCGGCCCACAGCAGGCCUAGGGCCUCUAUGAUGGUGGAUGUCGAAUCUUGCUAUAGUUUAGUAAUUAAAUAUAGUUCCUAAGGUAUAUGUAAAUAGCGUCUCAAAUGAAGUGCAUGUUGGCAAUGUAUUAUAUUCCUCUACAUUCAAGUAAAUAAUUUUCGUUAAUUUUGAAGACUACAUAUACGUUUUGUUACCAAUUAUUUGUUUCGAUUUAUAAUACUUUGUCAACGUCCAUUUAUAAAAAGAUUUUGAUAUAAUUAUUCCAAGAAAUAGUGAUGAUAUAUUUUUGGUAUUUUUUAAGUAUUAAAUAUUUAGUUGGCAUCUUUAAAUUCUAGUGUCUAAUCAGAUAAGACAAAAAACUAAUAUCAGCCUACUAGUAAGAAAUGAUAUGUGCCAUUUUCAACCAAAAGGGUACUUAUUGUCGCUUGUCAGUAAGGCGCUAUUUCCAUAUAGCUACAUUUAGAAAUCAACCUUAUCGACAAGCGACAAUGUGGUACCUUUUGGUUGAAAACGUCACAUAUUAUUAUGCACAAAGUUGCUAUAAACAUCGACAAUAAUGUUCUCGACAAGGUCGGUGACUGAAAAAUGAUAUUAAUCUGUAGAUUCUAAAAACACUGUAACAUUCCUUAUUUAUUACUUGUUAAUAAUUGAGAUUAUACUAAGAGAAUUAAUAACAUAUACAGGGUGGCUUAAAAAUAAGUGUAUUUCCGUUGUCAGGGAGAUUUUGGGAUUAUACUGAGCAACUUUUACUAUGGGACCAACUACGAAAUCGCGAAAAAAAGAAUUACCAUUCCAUAGAAAAUGGACCGGCCAAAAUGUAUAAAACAGCUAAAUGUUUUUUCGCGAUUUCUAGGUUGGUCCCAUAGUAAUAGUUGCUCAGUAUAAUCCCAAAACCUCCCUGGCAACGGUAAUGCACUUAUUUUUUAGCCACCUUGUAUGUA